CUCAAAGCAUGACAGAACCGGCAGCAUCCAAGCGGAAAGCGGUCGAGCUUCUCCAUGCAGAGGUGGAGACCAUUGACCCGGACCAAUACGCGUCCCAUAAGCAAUUGAAGGCACUGGAGGCGAAAUUAGAUUCGACGAUUGAACGCCACGUUAGACAGCUCGACAUGCUCAUCCAGGCCCCUCCCAAGAUGAUCCGAAAAACACUGAAAGUGUCGUUCUAUUACUCGUUCGUUCCGUCUGUGAAGUUGGAAGGCGAGGUCCAUGCGGCUCCGAGCGAAGGGCAUGCGGACCAAGUGCACCGAUCCGAGCUGUUGGACGACGGCGAAUGGACCUUCCGCGUCGAGGGCACCAUCAUAGACGGGAACAAGAACGCUGCAUGCCAAUCCACCGCGAAGAAGUUCUCGCAUUUCUUUCGCAAGGCCAUCUUGGACUUGGACGACCAGCUUUACCCAGGCAGCAAUCCCAUCGAGUGGUCGAGUUUUCGCUCUGGGGACGACUCGGAUGGGUUUUCCAUCUCCCGACCGGGCAAAAAGGGAUUCCAAACCCACCGGUUGCGGCUGCAGCUGCUUCGAAACCAAAGCCCCGAGCGCUUUGCGCUGUCGCCGGACCUGUUCAAUGCGAUUUCGCCCUACUUGACGCCCAACUGCGGCCCCGACGACACGUUUGUCAAGGCCGACAUCUCGUUCGCGUUGUGGCAGUACAUCAAGGAGAAGGACCUGAUGAAGACGGACGACUGCCGCGUCAUUUCCCAUGAUGAAGUCCUCCAGCGCGUCUUUGAGUGCCACGAGCAGCCCAUCCAUGCGAUCAUGGGCUCGCUGCAGACAAAACUCACCCCCGUCGGCCCCACUGUCAUAGACUUUACCCUCCAGUUGGAAGAUACAACCCAAGUGUGUUUGGACACCAAAUACUUUAGCAUCGAGGUACAAGCCCAGGAAACGUUGCUGCACGCUCAAAAGCGUGCGUUGGCUGGCCUUGCCGCCCAUCGCAAACGUACCAAGCCUGAACUCGACUUGCUCGAGCACCAAAUGGCCGACGUCGUGCAUCGCAUCAACGGCCACGUGGCGACACGAGAGUGGAUGCACCAGUUUGCAACCGACCCGUCGGGGUUUAUGACCAAGGUCGUGGAGUCCCAAGACACGGACAACCAGAUUCUGUCGAUGGCCACACAGGCGACGCCCGUACCAGCGCACUUGCAUGACUCCAACCUGUACGCGCAGCCUUGGGUGCACAGCACCAUCGACAUGGUGUUGGCUAGAGACGGAGGGGGGGGGCACUGAUGAUGAUGAUUGAACGUCGUCGCAGUUUUAUAACUUUACUACUAGUAGUUCAUGUCGGUUGAACUUAAAUGUCGGCUGUUGGUGCAGCAGCCGUCGACUGGUACGAGAACGUGUCGUCGCCUUCGCAGUGGGAGCAGGACAGCACGGCGGCGGCGGCAUGGGUGUCGGGGAUGUAGUCGUAGGCUAGACAUGCAUGAGGAAGGACACAUGCCGGCGAGAGUACCGGAGUAGGUUUCAAUCAUGGUGUGCUUUGAACGAUACAGCAACACGAUAAACGACGCUUCGACGCCGAAGAAUAUAAAGUUGAAGGCGGCUGCAAAUCCCGCCGCCACGGGAUGGUCGUCGAUGUUCGAGGAAGCAACCACCUAUUGAGAGUAUGGGAGGUUGCAAAUGGGGGGAGGGGGAAGGAGGACCCAGUAGAGUGUGUUCAUGAAGGCCAGCACCGCCAAGACCACAGACGACCCGAGCAGCAUGCCAAUCUGAAUGCAUACACGGAUGAGAGCUUGAUUGGAAAGGACGAGUGUACUGAAAAGGCCGAAGGAUUGCGGUUGAGCAUGAUGAUGGCAGCGAAGAUGUACGUCAUAUACGUGGCACUGCUUAGGAACUCGUUGAGCCCGCCCGCGUCGU